AUGGCAGAUUCCUCAAUGUCUUCGAUUGCCACUCUUCAGACAGCAAAUAUCAUUGUUGCUGAUCCUGCAAGGUAUUCUUUUGUGGGUUCUAUCCCUGAUUCUAUGUUGAAUUGUGUUCCUGCUUCCAGGACGAUUAUCCUUUCCUACAAGACACUUCCUCUCUCCGGUUCUAGAAUUUACACUCCUGAGAUGCAGCAGUCACUCGAAGAUGCUGAUAAACCAGCAAAGCGAGGUAAACGUGGUGACUCUAUGAAAGCAACUGAAGAAGAUCCAUCUUCCAAGGCAACCGAUUUAAAAAAGAGAAAAUCUGACAAAGCUGUCGCAUCUGUUCCAAAGAAGCGCAAAGGGAAGACGCAACCGUGGAAACCAGUCACUCCAUCAACUAGUGAUUCGGAUUCUGAUCAUUCCGAUCAGUCCCGUGAUGAUUUUGGUACAACCAUAGGUGAGGACAUUGUAUCUGAUGCUGAGAGAGUUCCUUCUCAUCCUCCUUCUCCCACCUUUGAAGUUCCAGUUAAUGACUCGGUUCCAUAUCCGCCUUCGUCUCCAACUCAGACUUCGGUUCCAGUAACUUCUGCCCCAUUUCCACCACCGAUCCCAACAACGCCUCAAGAUAGUGCACCUAUUGCACCACCAGUAUUUUCCCAAUCAACAACCAAACCUACUGUCAACGUAUCUGAUACGGGGGUACCUACAUUCCAAACUAAUCCUCUACGUUCACCAUCUCCUUCAUUUGAAUCUGCUACAGUUUUGGGAGGGGAAGAUCUCAAUUUUGAAUCAACUUAUUUUAGUCCUUACCGUGUCCAGAGCGAUGACGAUGAAGACACUCCUGUGACAAAGCGUCACCUGAAGGAUCUGAACGACAAACUUGACACUCUCAUCGCCUAUGUCUCAACUUCUUCAUCCGGAUAUUCAGAGGCUAAUGUUCAAGGCAUUCUUGAAACAGUGUUCAAACGACAUGAGGCUUCAAUUCAAAAUGCAAAAGACGUUGUUGAUGCUUCGACUAAAUCUAGUCAGCAAGCUGUUGAUGAGGUCAAAUCCCUCAUUCACGAUGCAAAAAUUUUCCUGGAAUCGCUUCAGGGGGCUUCUGAGACUACUUCAAACAAGGUCAAUGCUACGAUUGAGUCUCUCUCCAAGACCUUUCAGGAUGAACAGAUGAAGUUUAACCAGCUUCGGUCUGCACUUCAAGAUGAUCUAGUAUCUUUUCAAUCCUCAGUUACAAUUCGUCUUGAUAAAUUGCAAGAGGAUUUGGCUUUUGAAAACAAAGUAAUGGAUGAGCUUGCUCAUCAAACUACUAUGAUCAAGACUCAGGGGGUUCGCUUGAUUCAAGCUCAGCGAGAAAUUGAUGAACUCAAAUCUAAGCGCACUGUCAUGAAGACUUAUGUUUUUGAUGUGCAUGCUCUUCUUUCUAAUCUCUUGGAUGCUCAUGACUCGGUCCUUAAUAUCACUAUUCGCAGGCAUCUCGUAGAAAAAUUGCGUCCAGGUCUUGACCUUCUAAGUCGCGUUGCGGGUGUUCCGGAGUCGGUUGCAACUCCACAACAAGGGGGAGAUCAGGCGACUAAAGAUCAAGAACAGCAGAAACAACCCCCGAAACCAUCAAUAGAACUGAAGGGUAAUAAAGCUUCGAGUUCUAGUAAGCAUGAUAAAGGUAAAUGUAUUUUAGAAGAAGAAGAAGAAGAGAAUGACGAUGUUGCUCUCAAAAUAAGAAACAAAGACAGAGAGCUGGAUGAGAACUCUCGCAUAGCUAAAGAGGCUGAAGAGAGGGAACGAAAACAGAAGGAAGCUCACGACCUAUUAGAAAGUCGUAAAAUACUUUUUCCUUUAUGGACGUUGGAGCAGAUGAUAAAAGAAGCCAUAGAAUCUCCAAGCACUCAUUGGCUUGAACCUGUUGUUUCGUUUGACUGUGAGAACUCUAGAAACUCGCAGUUUGAUAUGCCAAUCACUCGCAAGGCCUUCGUGUUUCAUUUCUUUGAACUGACUGUUGAUAUUCCUUCACCGGAUCCGAAUACUGAUAAAUAA